AUGGAUCGCGUUCGAAGGGCGUUGGGCCGUCAACCGUCCUCGGCCUCAGAGUAUGAACCUCUCAACGGCGCCGAGGAAGCAACCGCGCUCGAGGGCUCUACCCAGCUAGAAGGCCAACAUGACCUACCCUUUUCAUGGAUGGAAUACAGCAUAUUCGCCCUGCUGGGCGUUGCCAUGCUGUGGGCAUGGAACAUGUUUCUGGCUGCGGCGCCUUACUUUGCCUCGCGAUUUGCUGGUGAUGCUUGGAUCCAGGCCAAUUUCCAGUCUGCGAUCCUGACCGUGUCUACCAUAACAAACCUGGGUGCCAUGCUUGUCCUCACGAGCAUCCAGUACUCGGCUUCCUACCCCUUCCGGAUCAACCUAGCCCUCAUCAUCAACGUCAUAACCUUUUCCCUGCUAACGGCAUCCACCGUCCUUGGCCUUGGCGUAUCGCCAGCAGUGUAUCUCGUCUUCCUCCUCGUCAUGGUUGCAGGCGCCGCCACAGCUGCCGGCCUCAUCCAGAAUGGUGCCUUUGCCUUUGCCGCCAGCUUCGGCCGGCCAGAGUACAUGCAGGCCAUCAUGGCAGGACAGGGUGUUGCUGGCGUGCUCCCCCCAAUUGCGCAGGUCAUCACAGUCCUCGCCUUUCCUCCCGCUGAGAAGGAGCAGAAUGAAGGGCCCUCUGCUCAGGAUGGACAGGCUUCUGCUUUUGUCUACUUCCUCACGGCUGUAGCCGUCUCGGUAGCCGCCCUGCUGUCUUUCAUCCCUCUGGUUCGCCGGCACAACCACAUCAUUGAGAACCGCAUGAUCGAGCAAAUGGCCGAAUCAAUGCAUAGUGUUGAGGAAGCUGAGCGUGCCUCGCGCAAAGUAACCUCUCUCUGGCGCCUCUUCCAGAAGCUCCACUGGCUCGCCAUUGGUGUGGCCCUCACCUUUAUCGCGACAAUGUUCAUGCCUGUUUUCACAACAAAGAUCCACUCCGUCAAGGAGGGCUCCGGUCCUCUCUUCCAACCCAAUGCCUUUAUCCCACUUGGAUUCUUCUUUUGGAAUCUCGGUGACCUUGGCGGCCGCAUCGCAACCAUGAUGCCCUUCACCCUGCAGCACCGGCCAUUUGCCCUCUUCAGCCUCGCCGUUCUCCGCUUCGGCAUACUACCCCUCUACCUGCUCUGCAACAUUGGCGGUCGUGGCGCCGUUGUCUCAAGCGACUUCUUUUAUCUCUUUAUCGUCCAGCUGGCCUUUGGUGUGACCAAUGGCUGGCUUGGCUCGAGCUUUAUGAUGGCGUCGGGUGAGUGGGUGGACGAGGGUGAGCGUGAGGUUGCCGGCGGCUUCAUGGGCUUGUGCCUCGUUGCAGGGUUAUCGAUUGGUAGCUUGUUGAGUUUUACGAUAGCUGAUAUUUAG